ACACUGUUUUUGCUGUUCUCUUUCGGCUGUUGUUUCGUGUGUUGACCAAUAAAUUUUUCGCAUAUUUUUCCCACUUUUCCCCAACCGAGAACCGCAAUAAGCGUAUUAGGCCAACGCCGCCAGCCAGCGCAGCAACCGCAACGCGAAUCUUUGGCCCCACGCACGUGUGAACUCUGCCCGCAGCGAAGCAGUUACCGCAGAUCCAUCGGCAGCCGACGACGUUCCAGGAAGCGACAUUUACGCUACGCUACACAUACAACAACAGCAGCGGGAGCAGCGCGUGAAAGCGAGCGAGCGAAAGAAGGGAGCAAGCAAGCAGGAAAGCAGAGAAGAAGCGAAACAGGGAAUCCUGUCCAGAACGAAAUUUGCUAGCCAAGAUCGCCCCCUUUUGGGAAUCCUGCCAGCACAGCACAGCAUAGCAGCAGUGGCAGCAACUGUUGUUGUUUUAUUUGCUCUUUUGAUUUGACUUUCUUUUGUUUGUGUGUAAACAAGCGCGAGCGCAACCCAGCAACCGGAAUCGGCUCCAAUUACUAUCUCCGAGCCCCCAAGUUAGUUGUCCAGUUCGCCACUGGGUCCAUCCCCAAUCCGUCAAGUCGGGCAAUUAAAGAUGGCCGCUGCCGCUGGGAGCGCAGUGAAUGCGGUGAACGACUGCUUCAGCAUCGGAUCCACAGUGGUCUGCACGACCUGUUUCAAUGAGGAGGUGGAGGGCGAGGUGCUGGCCUUCGAUCACAACACAAAGAUGCUUAUCCUGAAAUGCCGGUCCAAGUCCACGGAGGAGCUGAGUGAUAUCUACGCGAUGAACCUCUCGCUGUGCAGCAACGUUCAGGUGGUCAAGGAGUGCAACGGCAACUUUGACGAUCCGCAGAAGCUCAACCUGGAACAGGUGAAAAUGCGCCUGAGGAAAACAGUGGAGCGGAGGCAGGACUAUCUCAAGUCCAAGAACGCCGACGUCAGUCCAGAGGCGCAGGAGCUUUAUAGAGCGAUAGCCAAACAAUACGGGUACAAUGAGGUCUCCUGGCAGGGACUCAACAUACAAAUUCUGAAUGAAGUCACCAUCUCGCCGCCGUACCGAGUGGACAAUGUGGUGUCCAGCUCGAACAACGAAACAUCAUGCAAUUACAUUAAACGGAUUAUUAAACAGUUCUUCAACACGAGACCCUCGCCGGUCCCAGAGAGCGGUGCUGCGGCCAGCACCUCGUCAGCAUCCGUGUCUCCCACGUCCUCAUCUUUGUCGUCGAGUAAUGCUGCAUCUGGAUCUCCGGUUCCCGCAAACUAAUUAAUAAAAAGAGAAAAGAAAAAAACAAACAA